CAAACUUCAAAGGAUCCCCCAUCCUGGACCGCGUAAGGAGAGUCAACCAGUGGUCUCUCUGGCUGACUGGUGGGGCCAGCUUAUGCCGAAAGCCAGGUCAGAGAAGCAACUCAAUUGGUAUGCUGUAUCAGAAAUAACGAAAACCCAAAGAAACAAGCUUGACCGCUUCUGUGCUUGCUUCGACUCUUCGAGGCGGCUCCUGAGAGUUUGACCGAUUCAAUACCAAUUCCUUCACCCGUAAGACUUCCCUUCAUCUUCCCCUUUCACGACUCAAAAACACGGUGUGACUCAAAAACACGGUGCGGCAACUGAUCAUCUGGCAUAAAAGUGGGGUUUCAUAGGAGCAGCGGAAGUGCUAUAUGGUUGGUUGAUUCUGAGCCUGGCUGCAGCCUGCAGGAUUCCUGACUGGACAACAUGUUUUCAUUCAAGUCCAGCGUCAAAUCAUCUUCCAGUGCUAAAGAUGUUCCCAACUCUCGCUUCAUCAUAGAGGGAUCAAACAUCCAGGAACAACUGAACAAACUGCACGAGGAGCUGAGGAGGGAGAAAGAGGAGAAGAUGCGUGCCCUAGAUGAGAUAGAUGAGUUCAGGAAGAAGAGCCUGAAUAAGAACAAAAAGUUAAAAAGCAACGGAGGUGAGGAUCAGUUGGACCUUGCAGACAGGUUACAGCAGUUGGAAGGUGAACUGGAGGCAGCAAGGGAUUCAGAGAAGAAAAUGCUACUGUCAUUGGAAGCCCAAACAAAGCAGCUUGAACAAACCAAGGUAUCUCUGGAGGAGGCUAAGCUUGAGAUAGCUUCACUUCGAGACAACACCAAGAGUAUAGAGGCCUCUAAUCCCGGUAGGCAACCGAUGAAGAAUUUCAGGAGAAGGGGUGUGCUGUCCUUCUCCUUUGCUGACCCUGGCGAGGUUGAGACAUGGUCACUACAGCGUGAGCUCAAGUUGGCUGUGGAAUCUGAGGAGAAGUGCAAGAAGGCCAUGGAUGACUUGGCCAUAGCCUUGAAAGAACAAACCACAGAGGCCAGAGAGGCAAAAACAAAGCUUUCAUUGGUGCAAGCAGAGUUGAAUAAUGCAAGAAGUGAAGUGGAGAACUUGAAGGCCUCGUUGGAAAGCACAGAGGAGAAACUCCGGUUGGCACUGGAAGAGGCGGAGAGACUAAAGGUUGAGUCAGAUGAAUUAGCAGCAGCUUCAAAAGAGAAAGAGAGGGGACUCAUUGAUUGCAUCGAGAUGUUUGAGGGUGAGCUAACCAAAGGAAAGGAGGAGAAUGAUAAGUUGAUUGAAUCACAGAGGGUGAUCAGAGAUGAGAAUUCUAGGCUGAGGGAAAUGCUGAAGCAUGCGGUGAGUGAAGCUAAUGUAGCAAGGGAAUCGUUGGAGAUUGCCAGGGUGGAGAACUCUCAGCUUAACAAACAGAUAUCUGAGAAAGAAUGUACCUUGGGGAGUAUCAUGCAAGAGUACGAUUCCCUCAAGAUCAGUGAGGCUGCAGCACAGAUUAGUAUUAAAGAAUUAAAGGAUAUGAUUGAUGCUAUGCUCAGUUCAGAGUCCACCAAAACUUCAGCAGAAGCGUCACCCCGAGAUACCAAGAGGGGAGUAAUGACAGAAAAGUCUGUGGCGGAAGAUGAUGUGUUUUCUGAUGGCGAAAGAUCUACUCGUUUUGCGGACAUCAGGGGUCCUGCAAAGCAGAAGAAGAAGGCAAUUCUAAGAAAAUUUAGUGACAUAAUGAAGAAAAGGAACUCUCAGACUGCAAUCUAGUAUCCUUAUGGAAGCAAGUAGAUACAGGUCUAGUUUUCGUUUUGUUUUUUCAAAGCCCUUGAGCAAAAGAUAGUUGAAAUACCAACACAAAUUCAUUGCCACGAAAUGAAAAGCAGUACAUGUGGAGUAGCCCUUCUCUUACUCGGUUUUACAGAUUUAAACUACAGAAAAUGGAACAUAUUUGUAGAAAAUACAGACUAUGAAAUAUUAAAACUAGCAUAGCUUUUGUUCUUGACA